UUUUGCUGUGCAAAUUGUAAAUUAAUAUUUCUAAUCACGAUUAAAAUUAAAUACCGAGGCAUUUAGAAAGUCUUAGUAAUGGAUGUCACUGUAAUUGUUUUUUGUAUUUCAUUUAAUUUUCUUUUAUUAAAGUCUUCAUCGGACCUGCCACAAGAAAUAGUAUUUUCACCAUCAGAACUACAAAGCUCUAACGUUGUAUCAAAUAGUUCCUUUAAACCAGCUCUGAGAUAUGGUUUUCAUAGAACAUCUGAAUGUAAAGAUUUUGAAAAGGCCUAUAUUUGUGUCCAAAAAUGCGUAGAUUUGCGGUACGACAUAGCAUAUUCAGAUAAAUAUUGUUUCUGUACUUGCUACCAUAAGAAAGAAAAGGCAAAAUAUACACCGAAAUCGUUCUUUGACCAAACUUAUUGGAAAUUAGGACCCCCGUCUACAACGAAGCCAGCUUGGGCAGUUAGCAUUAAGACAUUAAAGGUAACAGGUAUACCUGAGAGUGAACAAGAGGAAGAUGUUACAAAAAAUGUAGAAGAUAUUAGCAAUACAACAAAUAUAUAUGAUGAUACGAAUGUUUUAAACGAAACAAGUACCGUUAGUAGUGAUACAAAUCAAACGAUUGAUGAUUCAAUCGAUAAGGGCAGCACAACUGACAGUAUUAACUCAACUGAUAGUGAAAUUUCAAAUUCUACGUCUGAUUCGAAUUCAGGUGGUGAAAGUUCAACAGGAGUAACUUUAAGCCCCACCGAUGCAGGUGGUGCAAGUGAAACAACAUCGUAAUUUCUGGAAAAAUACUUUCAUUGUUCUAACUUUUAGACCUUGCUAUUUAUUAUUUGCGUUACAUAGUAUAUAUACUAAAAUAAAUAAAAAAUGAAGACAAAAGUAAUUGCAAAUUACAAUUCUUGUAGUUUCUUAAUAAAUAAUAUUAAAUACAUAUACUUCUUGUAUACGAUUUUUGUCUGCAAAAAUAAUAGGCCAAGUAAGUUCGUGAUCGGAAAGGUUACGAGUAUUUUCUGAUAUAAUUAUCAAUAUAUUCUACUUAACGACGGAAUUAGGGAAAUAACUUUUAUCUCAUAAGAUAUUGAUAUUGCUUUCUGAAAUAAUGUUUCUAUAUAUCACGAUAAGUCUUAAUUGAUGUUAAGUUCUACAACAGUUCUACUAAUAAUACUGCACAGUAGCUACUAUAAGGCACAAUCGUGUGCAAGCACAAGUACACUUUCAAUUUCCAAUGAGAAGCAUAGACUGAAGAUAGAUUAGGUGCACAGUAACAAUGGCUUUUUGUGCUUUUCGAGUUAUCGACUUUGUGAUAUUGGCUACAGAGAACUUCUUGACAGAAAAACUCUAUUACUCGUUAUUGAUUACCUGGGAUCCACACCCAGACGCUGUAUUUGUAUUACAAAUUAAAUUGCGUUCAUUGAUAUUUUACACUAUAUUUUGAACUCUAACAGGUCCUGUAGCUCUAACAGUACAUACUAAUUAUUCUAUUAUAGCUAUAUCAAAUACAGUAUGACAAUAUUGUGAAUUAACUAAAGAUUUCAGAGCAAUUAAAAAAAACUAAAUUGUAUUAAACGUAUUAGAUAUGUUUGAAUUUCAGUGAAAUUAGACACAUGCGUUAAGAUAUAGCAAAGAAGAUUAACUUGCCCAAAAAUAAUCAACCUAUAAACUUUUGUGCAAUAAAGGGACAUUUAUUGACCGUUACUACUGUAAAGACUAAUAGUUGACUUGUUAAUGUCAUUGAUCUCAUUAUCAAUGUCGAAUUGACGACGUAACUGAGAUUUUAUUUUUAUGAAAAUAAAUGUUAUAUCCGAUAAUUUCUGUUUUUUGAAUAUUUGUGACUUGAUUUUAAUUAUAAUGUAUUAUUACUUUUAUGUAUAAUAAAUACAAAACGUAAAAUAAUUAAAUUUCAGUCAUUAAUAAUUAUUAUGAAUAUGUGCUAAAUUAAUGUUUAUAAUAUAGUAAUAACCUGGGACAUUAUUCACACACGGCCACCUGAACCCAUAGUAAGCAGAGCUUGGGUUGUUCUGGGUGGGAAUCAAACCCACAAACUUCGUUGUGAACUUUAAUCUAUUUUUCAACAUAACAAUAAUUGCCCUUAUUUAUAAACAUUGCUUAGUGGCUGUUUAGUUAAACACUGAAUUCGCUCUUUUUGUCAUUAUUGAUUUGACAUUUGAAGAAAGAAAACACAGUAUUGUUGAACUAAGCACCCGCUCAACUACGCUUAUAAGUACGACCGAAUAUGAUUAGAAAAAUGACACUACCUUGUAUUUAAGAUUGAUUAAGUGUGAUGUGAUAUCAUAAUAAAAUGAAAUAAACGGUUACUAACUA